CUGAUCUAGCUUCCCGGGAGCCCGCCGGCUGCUCGCUGCUGCGGCUGCGCCUCCCGCUUCCCCGCGUCACCGCUGCCGCCAUGCCCGGAGGGCUGCUUCUCGGGGACGAAGCCCCCAACUUUGAGGCCAAUACCACCAUCGGCCGCAUCCGCUUCCACGAUUUCCUGGGAGACUCAUGGGGCAUCCUCUUUUCCCACCCACGGGACUUUACCCCAGUGUGCACCACAGAGCUUGGCAGAGCUGCAAAACUGGCGCCAGAGUUUGCCAAGAGGAAUGUUAAGUUGAUUGCUCUUUCAAUAGACAGUGUUGAGGACCAUCUUGCCUGGAGCAAGGACAUCAAUGCUUACAAUGGCGAUGAGCCCACAGAUAAGUUACCGUUUCCCAUCAUCGAUGACAAGGAGAGGGACCUUGCCAUCCUUUUGGGCAUGUUGGAUCCAGCAGAGAAGGAUGAAAAGGGCAUGCCUGUGACGGCCCGUGUGGUGUUUGUUUUCGGGCCUGACAAGAAACUGAAGCUGUCUAUCCUCUACCCGGCCACCACCGGCAGGAAUUUUGAUGAGAUUCUCAGAGUAAUUAAGUCUCUCCAGCUGACAGCAACCAAACGCGUCGCUACCCCGGUUGACUGGAAGGAAGGCGACAGCGUCAUGGUCCUUCCCACUAUCCCUGAAGAGGAAGCCAAACAGCUUUUCCCCAAAGGAGUCUUCACCAAAGAGCUCCCAUCUGGCAAGAAAUACCUCCGUUAUACCCCUCAGCCUUAAGUCCUUGUGGGAGUUGGGGCUGCGGCUGCUCCGGCGUGGUGGACCCAAGGAUACCAGCUGACAGUCGGGUGUCCAUGCACCGUUCAGUAAACAUCCCGGCGUGAUCACAGCCAAGGUCACUGUACUACUGGCUCAUUAAACGCAAAUGGCACCAAAACUUCCUUGGGAUUCUUUCCUCUGUGCCUUCACCAGCGUCCUGCCCCUCUGUCCAUCUCAGGGCUCCGCUGACUGGCUUUCUCUGAAAUACAUUCUGUAUUGGAGCCUCAGAUCUUGUCAGGUCUCUGCAGGGUUUGUGAUCAGCAAGCUAGCGUGUAGAGUGGUAGAGGAAGCUCACUCGGCCUCCUCACAGAAUGAUUAAAUUCACCUCCUGUAGCUUUCCUAGUUGAAUUUUCUGUUACCUGUUUUGGAGAAUAGUAAAAUGAGGGGAAACUUUCAAUUCUGUACUUUUGGGAAAUAACAAACUUGGGACAGCACAGGGCAAGUUCUGUUUUGAUAUAAACAAUCUGGUGAGUUUCUAUCAAGAGAGGACUCAGAGGCAAAGGAAGGAGGUGCACCCAAGGGUGUGAGCAAGAUAGCACAUGUCCCUCCUGGCGUUUCCUGUCAGUCCGCCCUCAUACGUGCAUGUGAACACACCUUGUAAAGACAGACAGUAACAGAAUGCUUUGCCACUAAACUGUCCUAACAGUAGGUUGCCGUUUUCUGAGUUCUGCUUUUUGGGGCUCAACAAAUAAAAUCCUUUGUUGAAACUGGA